UUUAACAAUUAUCUGUUUAACAUUUGGAAAAUGUGGACGGGACAUGGGUGUUGCUGUUUUUCCACGACGCUGAUAUUUUUUACAUGGUUUAUUAUCUGCCUUCCCGGCAGCAAUGGGGAUUUAAGCUACACUAUACCGGAGGAAAUGAAGCGAGGGGCUGUCGUUGGAAACAUAGCGAAGGACCUCGGAAUGGAUUCAAAGGGACUGAUGUCUCGACAUGCUCGGUUAGAUUUGAAGGGUACGCGUAAACGCUUUUGUGAUAUUAAUGUGCAGACCGGGGAGAUGGUGGUUGCGGAAAGAAUAGACCGAGAAGAAUUGUGCAGCUCCAAGGUCUCCUGUUCUUUGAAGUACGAGCUGGUUUUGGAAGAGCCUUUGGAAUUACAUCAGAUAGUGGUUCAAGUGCAAGAUGUAAAUGAUAACUCACCCAGAUUUUCCAACGACGACAUUAAACUUGAGAUUCGGGAAUCGGCAGUCAGAGGUGCACGCUUUCCUUUAACCGAGGCACACGAUUCGGAUGUGGGGCGAAAUGGCAUCCAAGGCUAUUCUCUGGAUAAAAACGAGCAUUUCACUCUGGCUGUGCACUCGAAUUCAGACGGAGGUAAACGAUGCGAGUUGGUUUUAGACAAAGAGCUUGACCGUGAAACGCAGCAAGACGUGACGUUAGUGCUGACAGCUACAGACGGAGGGACUCCGCCGAAAUCUGGUACUGCAGUCAUCCAUGUUACUGUCCUCGAUGCCAACGAUAAUCUGCCGGUAUUUAGUCAAGCUGUUUACAAAUCUAGCCUACCUGAAAACUCACCUAUGGACACUGUGGUCAUGACUGUAAGCGCCACUGAUGUGGACGAGGGAGCUAAUGGUGAGGUUAGCUAUGAAUUUAGCCGCAUAUCCGAUAAAGCUGCCAAGUUGUUUACAAUAGACAGUGCUAGCGGGGAUAUUAAAGUCACCGGGCCCAUAGACUUCGAGGAUGAAACAGAGUAUGAAAUCAGAGUGCAGGCAUCCGAUUCCUCUGGGUUAUCUUCUAACGCUAAAGUAUUCAUAGAAAUAACUGAUGUGAACGAUAACGCACCUGUGAUCUUCAUAAAGUCUCUGAAAAAUCCAGUACCUGAAAAUGUCUUGCCUGGCACAGAGAUUGGCAUUGUUAAUGUGCAGGAUGAGGAUUCAGAAGGGGAUCGCCCUGUGCGCUGCACCAUUCAGCAGAACACCCCAUUUAAAUUAAAUCCAUCAAUAAGGAAUUAUUUUUCUAUUGUAACCACAAGCAAGCUUGACCGUGAAGAAAUUGACAACUAUAAUAUUACAAUUACAGCAACUGAUGAAGGUGAGCCACCACUGUCAUCCUUCAAAACUAUUAAUUUAUCGGUUGCAGAUAUCAAUGAUAAUCCCCCUGUGUUUGAAGAGCAGUCGUACAGUGCAUAUGUGUCUGAGAAUAACAAGCCUGGCUCCUCUGUGUGUUCUGUUAGUGCCAGAGACCCAGACUGGAGACAGAAUGGCACAGUCUUCUACUCUCUGUUGCCCAGUGAGGUCAAUGGUGUUGCACUCUCCUCAUAUUUAUCCAUUAAUGGAGACACAGGGGUGAUCCAUGCUGUGAGGGCCUUUGACUAUGAGCAGUUCAGAAGCUUCAAAGUUCAGGUUGUAGCCAGAGACAAUGGUUCUCCUCCACUCAGCAGCAACGUGACUGUGAGUGUGUUCAUAACAGAUGAGAAUGAUAACUCUCCUCAGAUAUUAUACCCUACUCCAGAAGGAAACUCCUUCAUGACUGAGAUGGUUCCUAAAGCUGCACUUUCUGGCUCACUGCUGUCCAAAGUGAUUGCUGUUGAUGCUGACUCUGGACAGAACGCAUGGCUGUCAUAUCAGAUCGUCAAGUCGACUGAUCCGGGACUUUUCACUAUUGGUGUCCACAGUGGAGAGAUCAGGGCUCAGAGGGACAUUUCUGAAUCUGACAGCAUGAAGCAGAACCUUGUGAUCUCAGUGAAAGAUAACGGACAGCCCUCUCUCUCUACAACCUGUGCCGUAUACUUAGUCAUCUCAGAUAACUUGGCUGAAGUUCCUGAACUCAAAGACAUGUCUUAUGAGGAGAACAACUCUAAACUCACAUCUUAUCUGAUCAUUGCUCUGGUGUCUGUGUCCACAUUUUUCCUGACUUUCAUCAUCCUGAUCAUUGCUGUGAGGUUGUGUCACAGGAGGAAGCCCAGACUGUUGUUUGAUGGAGCAGUAGCCAUUCCCAGUGCAUAUUUACCUCCCAACUAUGCAGAUGUUGAUGGAACUGGAACUCUCCGUAGCACUUACAACUAUGAUGCCUACAUGACAACAGGCUCCCGCACAAGUGACUUCAAGUUUGUCACCUCUUACAAUGACAACACUCUGCCUUCUGCUACCACUCUGAAGAGGAGCCCAGGUGACAACAGUGAAUGCCUCAACUUCACUUCUCUCGACUUCACUGACACUGCAUCCAAGUGCUCCACUCUGGUAAAUACUUGA